GACACGCUAUCAUGGAAACAUCAGGUGUCUUAUUUAUGUACUCGAAUUUCUAGAAACACAGGAAUUGUUGGCAAACUCAGACACUGCACCUUCCUUUUACAACUUAAACAACUAUACUAUAACCUGAUCUAUCCUUAUAUAUCUUAUGCGAUGACCUCCUGGGGCAGUGCAUUUACUACUCAAAUUAAAAAAAUCCAAACAAAACAAAAUCAUGUUAUCCGCGUUAUGUUCUUUGCCACCUUGUUUGGACCAGAUACAGACAGUGCAUUACCAUUACUUAAUUUAUUGGAUUUACUUACUGUU